GUCAGUGCACGUCCUGAAAUCUGACAUUCUCCGGUUGAGUAACAGAAGAAAGUGGUGAAGCAAAGAGCGAAAUUGCAGCAAAACGCCGACCAAAUGACUGGGCGACACACAAAUUCUGCUUGCGCAAAAUCACCAAUUUUUAUUUGUAUCUCGAACAUGGUGCGCACAGGUCACGACCACGGUACUUUGACAAACGGCAAAUAAAUACCUAUUGAAAGUGGAAAAGUUUAGUAGGAAUAUGAAAUACACUUGUUCUAGAAAGUGUUUGGAAAUUAUACCAAAAAUUAACAAAAUAUUGAAAUUUAUAAGCAAGCAACUAACCAGCUAGCUGCUUGUUAAGAAGAAGAAAAAAUUAUAUAUGAAUUAACCGCAGUGCAUACCAGCAGACCUCGACUGAGUGAAUUUGGCAGGUGUGGAGAAUUAUAAAAAAAAAAAAUUCAACAAAAAAUUAAAAAAGAGCAAACGUUUUAGCCGUAUAUCUGAAAACUGUUUGAGCAAGUAAAGUGUAUUGUAGAGCGAACGUUGAAGUGGGCUUACAUAGUUAACGAAGCUACAUAGCUGGAACUGCGACGGCGACGGCAACGGCAACGUUGACUUUGGCAUCGGCGAUAACGAUUGCGCGACUAGAGUAGAGUAGCCCAGAAAGCUGACUACAGCUAUACUUAAUGAAUGGAGCGCCUUGUUUUAUAAGCCACAAAAAUAAUAAUACUAAUUAAUUACGAAGGUAACAACGGUACAUGGUAGCUAGUAGAAAUGCCAAAAGUAGAUCUUAAAUUGUUUAUAGAAACAUAAUUUUCUUGCAAAAUAAAAUUAAGAAUAAGAAAUAUUAAUUUGUCUGUUUGUGCAUUACGUGAGUACACUUACCACAUUCAAAAAAAAGAAAAAAACGAAUAAUAAAUUUGCAAAAUAGGUGAGUUAUAAAUUGUAAGUGUGUGUGUUUAUGCAUGUGUCGUUAGAUUAAUCACGCGAGAGCAGCUGAAUCAAACAAAUCUCGCUAAUCUCGAUGUGUGCAAAGUGAUACGUACAGCCGCCGUCGCUAUUGUGCUCUAUUAUUGCUGCAAUCGCUACAACAACAACAGAUUUUUCCGGCGGCUGCCUGGCCUGGAACUAUUGUAAAUGGAUAAUCGGCGAACAACAACAUAUGGCAACUAUAUGCAGUUCCAAUUUUUAAUCCAAUCUUCCUCAUAGUAUACCAUGUAGUAACACCACAAAAUAGUAAACUCUUGCUACAACAGCAAAUAUAGAAACAUCAGAAGCAAAGGCAUACCCACAAAAGUUCCACCCAAGCAUAGUCGUUAACCUGAAACAAUUGGUGUUUCAUUGCAUUGGUGCUGUUUAUCUCUGCCGACACUUUUCAGCAAAUGAACUGAAUUUUAUUUGGCAUCACACUUAAACCGAAUUUUCGUAAUAGUCGCCAUAACACUCGUUUAUAGCUAUUAUUCAUUACGCUUCCCAAAAGCUCUACCUCGAUUGGUGCAAUGAAAGCAAGCUGCAACAACAGCAAUUGUUCUCGUAUGUGUUCAUGAGUGCCGUUAUAAAUAUGUGUGUAUGAGUUUUCAGCUUGCACCAAUGCAUUACCGGCAUUUGUGGAGCAAAAAUUUUUGUUUGACGAAAUAUUUGUGAAUAUAAAGUGUUGUUGGCAAUAUGUUGAACACGUCGACAUAUGUUUCCAUUGGACCGGUGGAGGUGCCGAAGGCGCUUCAAGACGGCGAGAAGUUCGUCAAGUGGGAUGAUGAUUCAGCCUUUGGCACACCGGUCACUAUGCGAGUGGAUCCCAAAGGAUACUAUUUAUAUUGGAUUGAUCAAAAUAAUGAAAUGGAUAUUUUGGACAUAGCGACCAUACGCGACACACGAACUGGAGCAUAUGCCAAAAAACCAAAAGAUUCUAAACUACGUCAAAUUGUUACGCUUGGGUCACAGGACACAUUGGAGGAGAAAACUGUGACCAUUUGUCAUGGUUGUGAUUUCGUUAAUGUAACAUUCGUGAAUUUUUGCUGUACUAAAAGAGAAAUUGCGCAGCAUUGGUGUGAUGGCAUUAUGCGUCUGGCUUACAGUUUGGCCAGACUGAAUGGCUCGGCCAAUACGUUUCUGCAGAAGGCGCACACCAAACUCUGCCUGCAGGUUGACAAAAGUGGCAAAAUUCCAGUGAAGAACAUCAUGAAAAUGUUCGCACAAAACAAAGAGGAUCGCAAGCGCGUGGAGAAGGCAUUGGACAUGAGUGGCUUGCCGUCGGGGAAAAUUGAGACUUUGUCCUUGCCGAAGUUUCAUUUCGAGGACUUUUUCAAUUUGUACAAGAAUCUUGCACAACGCAGUGAAGUGGAAAAGAUAUUCGAUGGCAUCGUUGGUAAUUCGAAACGCAAAUGCAUGUGCAUCGCUCAGCUUGUGGAAUUUCUCAACAAAACACAGCGCGAUCCACGGCUGAACGAGAUUUUAUAUCCUUACGCGAACGCAACUCGUGCCAAGGAGAUUAUACAGGAGUACGAGCCGAAUAAAUUCAAUGCACAGAAGAACCAGCUAAGCUUAGAUGGUUUUCUGAGAUAUUUAAUGUCAGACGACAAUCCGAUUGUGGCGCCUAGUAAAUUGGACUUAUGCGACGACAUGGAUCAGCCAUUAUCACAUUAUUUUGUAAACUCUUCUCACAACACAUACUUAAUAGGACAUCAGUUGACAGGCAAAUCGUCGGUGGAAAUUUAUCGUCAAUGCUUGUUGGCCGGGUGUAGAUGCGUGGAAUUGGACUUCUGGAACGGCCGCACUGAUGAGCCCGUUAUUGUGCACGGCUACACACUCGUUCCCGAAAUUAAUGCCAGAGACGCGUUGGAGGCGAUUGCUGAGAGCGCAUUCAAAACAUCGGAAUUUCCUGUGAUAUUAAGUUUCGAAAACCAUUGCAAUCCAAGGCAACAGGCUAAAAUCGCCAACUACUGUCGUGAGAUAUUCGGUGAAAUGUUAUUAGAUAAACCGCUAGAUUCACAUCCGCUAGAGCCCAAUGUGGACUUGCCGCCACCGUCAUUACUUAGGCGUAAAAUUAUCAUUAAGAAUAAACGAAAACAUCAUCACCAUCAUCGUCACAAGAAGGGAGGCGCAGUUGCGGCCCCAACAACGGUCAGCAAAUUGUCGACUGCGAACUCAGUUGAUGCAUCCAGCAAGGCAACAGCAAACCACGCCACCACACCGUCUGCUAUACAGCAACAGGUCUCCGUGCAGGGUGAAAAUCCUGCAGCAGCAGCGGCUGGCGGCUCGGCUAUGUCGACACCAGUGUUGACUGGCAAUGGGGAUAUUAGCAGCACAGUGUAUCCGCCUCCACUGCAGCAAAUUCGUCAGAAUUCUAAGGACAGCACUGGCUCGUCGGAUACGGACAGCUCGACGGACGAUGAGUCAAUGCCGAAUGUAGCACCCAAUCCUCCAGUAGGCGCCGAUCCAACAGCGGAAAAACCACAGAAGGAAACUGAAGCGGCGGCUGAGCUCUCGGCGCUGGUCAAUUACGUGGAACCGGUGCAUUUUUAUACAUUCGAAAGUGCGGAAAAAAAAAAUCGCUGCUACGAAAUGUCCUCCUUCGAUGAGAAACAAGCUACAGCGCUGCUUAAAGAGCGCCCAAUUGAAUUUGUCAACUACAACAAACAUCAGCUCUCGCGUGUUUACCCGACUGGCACACGAUUCGAUAGUUCCAAUUUCAUGCCGCAGCUCUUCUGGAAUGCCGGCUGUCAGCUGGUGGCGCUCAAUUAUCAGACUUUGGACUUGGCUAUGCAAUUGAAUUUGGGCAUAUUCGAGUACAAUGACCGAUCGGGCUAUUUAUUGAAGCCAGAAUUUAUGAGACGUACCGAUCGACGUUUGGAUCCGUUUGCGGAGAGCACGGUCGAUGGCAUCAUAGCUGGUACUGUGUCCAUCACUGUGCUGUCGGGUCAAUUUUUAACAGAUAAACGUGUGGGCACCUAUGUUGAGGUGGAAAUGUUUGGCUUGCCCGCGGAUACAGUGAGAAAACGCUUUCGCACACGCAUUGUACGCGAUAAUGGCUUGAAUCCGGUUUAUGACGAGGAGCCUUUUGUGUUCAAAAAGGUUGUGCUGCCCGAGCUCGCCAAUAUACGCAUUGCGGCUUAUGAAGAGGGUGGAAAAUUUUUGGGUCAUCGUGUUCUACCCGUUAUUGGCUUAUGUCCAGGGUAUCGACAUGUCAAUCUACGCACCGAAUUGGGUCAACCUUUGACACUAGCAUCGCUGUUUCUCUAUAUUGUUGUUAAAGAUUAUGUGCCAGAUGAUCUCUCAAAUUUCGCUGAGGCUUUAGCUAAUCCAAUUAAGUAUCAAAGUGAGUUGGAGAAGCGCGACAAACAAUUAGCCGUGUUGACCGAGGGCACCGAACCGAUCUCAUCAGAGGAGGACAUCACCAAUUCAUUCGUUUUUGUACAAGUAGGUGGCCAGAAGAAAGAGCUACGCCCCGUUGAGUCUACGACAAUGAGUCCGAAGCACCGCGCCAGUAUUACCACGGCCGCAAUUUUGAGCGUCGAUGCAAAUGCUGGUGCUGAUCACGACCACGCCGAUACGGGCACUGCUGGGGGACCCGGUUUUACACAUCAACACUCGCUGGACUCAACUGCACAGACAUCAAUCAGACAGGUGGAGUCGUCACAGUUCGAUGUGGAUUUGGUGCGCGCAGAGCCACUGGAUAAGAUACUCGACAAUAAGUUGGUGCGCGAGAAGCGUUUCGAGCUGGAAAAGAAGCUGGAGUCACUGCGUAAGAAGCACGAUAAGGAGAAGAUCAAAAUCGCUAUGCAAAAGUCUAGUCCUAUGGAUGGUAAUAAGAAACCCAUGUUCAACAUUGCCAGCAAGCUAAAGAAACGUCUCAGCAAUAAGAGUCUUAAUUGUCUCUCCACCAGCGAUACGGGUGUGGAAGUGCCGCCCUGCUUUCCGGAUAUUGGUGAUCUCAACGAGGACUGUGUGGAUGGUGCCACCAGCAGUGGUGGCGAGAGUCCCGCACUGGUGACACGCUCACAGCAAGAACGUUUACUCGCCUCUUGUCGGGAUUAUUCAACGCAGUACCGUGACAUACAGGAGAAGUAUCAUGAAAUAAUCUAUGCCUUGGCGGACAAGGUGUUGCGCAAUUCACAGGCAAAUCAAAUGAAACAACUGAAAGCGUCGCUUGAUCGUGUCACUUCGGAGGUAAUGCAUCAACUGCAAGAAGCGAGACGUACCGAAGUGAAAAACUUGUCGUCGGUUCAUCGUGAUCGUGAUGAGUUGGUUAGAAUGAAGCGUGAAGUGGCAAGCUCGGUAGUGGAGCGCGGUGUAGCUGAGCGCGUGCGUCUGAAGCAAACCUACGACAAACGUACCGAUGACCUGCAAAAACAACACGAAUCCGUGAGGAAUGCGUUGACCGAGCAUCGAAACAAGGCUCGACAAAUACUCGAAAAGGAAGCGGAAUCUCGAAUUUGCAUCAUUAGCAAUGGCUUCUUGGUGCUCUUCAGCAGCGGUGGCGCUGCCUCCACAUCGGCCACAAGCAAUAACCUCACAUUGAACUUGAAUGGUGGCAACACUAUAUCGCCGGCACGUUCGAGCAACAGCAUCACGAACAGCACUGGCGGUAGAAACAAAGACGAUUUGGGUGGCGGUAACGACGAAACUGGCGCUAACCCUCUAGCAGGAGCGGCAGCGGGCGUUUAAAGGCUGCCUCAACACAACAUCAUAACAGUAUUUGUUCUUGCGAGCCUAAAGCAAGGCGGAAAAAAUGUAAAUCUAGCGUAAAAGUAAUAAGAUGAAAGGUGGUGAAUAAGAUGAAAGUAGUCAGCAUGUUGAAUGUGCAUAAUAAUGGGUUCAAUAGCAGUAGUCAGGGUGUAGAAUUGCAAGUUAUUGGGUUAGAAUUGAAAAUGUAUUAGUUUAAAUGAUAUAAAACUACAAAAGUGUUAUCUAAUAUCUAAAUGUUGGUUGUUGAUGUGAAAACUAUUUAUAAAACCUACUUGUUAAUGAUAACUGUAUAUGUGUAAAUGUAUGUAUGUACUGAGUAAAGAGUAAAAUUUAUCCAAAAUACAUACGUACAUUAUAUCACUCUACAGUACAUUUAAACUGUUAAGUAAUAGUAUAUAUAUAUAUACCAUAUAUAUGUACACAUAAAAGUAUGCAUAACAAAUAUAAUAUAAUAUUUAUGUGUUAGUUAAAACCAAUGUGUAUCUUACACACUCACACUCACAUAUACUUAUACAAAUUAGUUGAAUUAACUGUAUUUGUAUUUUAAACAAAAUCCACCACAGAAACAAAUAACACUAAAACUUAAGUACCGUUAUAUAGCAAGAUUAUCAAUGGGUUAACGUGUAUGUACUUUAAUGUACCUCUAAACAAUAAUUAACAUUUAGCAAUAAGUAUUGAAAAAACGUGUGGUAAAUUAGGUAAACAAAAUUGUUGUGAACUUUCUACAUAGUUUUAGCUGAUAGGUUUUAUGCUUCAGAAUGCGUACAUACUUAGCAUAGUUUAUUUACAACAAAAAUUUGUAAAACUUUCUAUACAAAGUUGUUUAACGGUAACUGAUGUAUAAGUGUCUCUAAAUUAAUUUGUUAAAAAAAAUCUACUAAAAAGUCUACACUGAGGUGAGCCAACCAGAAACAAAUUACGAAUUUUCCCUUUUCUAAGCUUCUAAAAAUAUAAAUUUUGGAAUUGAAAAAAAAAUAACCUGAUCUAGUUUGCUGAGGUCAAAAAAAAAAAGUCAUAUUAUUUUUAUGAAAAAAGCUUUUUUAUUAUUUAUAUGGAAAACUUUGAAUGCUCAUCCACACCCUUUGAAGUGAAGUUAAAGAUCUAUAUUUCUUUGUUAAAAAAUUAUUCACUAAAAAUUCUAUAAUAGGGUGCGCAAAAACAAACCAAAUACGAAUUUUCCCUUUUCUAAGCUUCUAAAAAUACGUAUUUGGUAAUUGAAAAAAAAGAACACCUCAAAGGUAAAUUUUUUUUGGAAAUGUUUUUGUUCUAAAAGAAUCCGAGGUGAAAAAAUUGUGACCUAAACGGUCCAACAGCUUGUGAAGCUUUGCAUGCUCACUUAAACCUUUUAAAAUAUAAUUAAAUUAAUCUAAAAACUUUGUCUUGCAGUGAUAUUUGACUCUCUGUAUAUAGGUCCACUUUCAUCCAUAAUUCGAUAUUCGUUAUUUUUGGCUCACCUUAGUCUAUAAAAUAUCUAUAUAUUUAUAUAUAUAUAAUUGGAUUUGUAUAUAAAUAUGUAGAUCAAAAAUAAAUAUAUAUUUUAUACAAUACUUUGCAUAAAUAUGCUUAUAAGUGCAAUAUUAGAACCAUCAGCCAAUAGCUGUUUUAAUGCUUUAAUUUAGUAAGGUUGUUUAGGACCCAAAAUAUUUCUUUAAUCGUAAAAUAUUUAAAUACAAAAAGGCAAGGCAAAGUUGGUUCUUCGAAAGAAUGAAAAAGAAAUUUACAAAAUUUAAGCAUACAUCGUUCUUACUGGGUGUCUUUACUUUCGUGCUCACGCAUACAAUCGCAGUUCCUCUCAUGCCGUUCACUGCGUUGAAGAAUAUUUAAUAGCAUAUUCAACUCGCUAACUUUUUUGUUGCUUUUAGUGGGAAUUUUUUUUUUGGUAAGAGCGAGCAGAUGAAUGGCGAAUCGAUAACUGCUAACACGAACUCUCUCAGUGUAAUUUUUAUAGAUUUUCGAAAUUAUUCGAAAUAAUUUAACUUCAACUGCCUGCUAAUAUUUAUAUGUGAUUUAAAUUUUUUAACUGAACUUAACAAUUCAUCGCACAAUUUCCCACUGUUGUAUUAUUUAUUUAUUUAUAUUUAACUGCUUAUAAGGGUUGUAUUGUAUUUAGUUAAAAAUAGUUUAAAAAGCCGUUAGUCCAACUGCAGCAAAUGUAAAAAACGAAUCUCCAAACACGCACGUCUUCAACGUAACUACAAUAUUUACGAAUGAAAACGAAGUUGCUCGAUGUCUAUUUGAACAAAUUUUACUUUUAGCUUAUAUGUAUGUUACUAUAUGAGUUAUUUAAUAGUAAUUAUUGGUAAUUUAUUAUAAUUUAUCUUUUUUCUAAUUUAUCAAUAGCUGCCAGGGGCUUUGUGUGCGCAGAAAUAUAAAAAAAAAUUAAAUUUAAAAUCUAAAUAUAUUUAUUUAUUUUUAAUUAAAACUUUUUUUAUGUUUUGAUAGAAAUUGGCGUCAUAACUUAUUAUUUGUCUCGUAAUUUUUAAUUUUGCUUUUUCUGGCAUGCGAUAAAUUUAUAAAUGAAUGAAAAUAAAAUGAAAUAAAUAAUUUUAUGCUCGCAAUAUUUAAAAGAAAUGUGUGCUUAUGUAUUUUGUUUACAGUUAAAGCACAAAAAUUGUAAUUAAUUUCGCGUCGACUUAAGGAACUGAUAAUUAAACUAUAAUUUCUAGUUAGUUGACAAUAUUUAUUUAUUUCCCAACAUAUUUAUUAUGCAUAAAACACUGUAAUUUAUACUAAACAAAUAAAAAUCUAAAUGUUUGAACAAAAACACAGAAUUUUAAUUUUAAUAAUUUUUUUUUCUUUUUUUUUGUACUUUCUAUGUACAGCUUUUUUAUGGUCCACAACAACUUACACCUUUACAACACCAUUAGAACAGAGACUGUUUUUUGUAAUUAUAAAAAUUAAAUUAACGAAAUUAAAAAAACUCUCAAAGUGUGAAAAAGUACUCUAAAACUAAGUAUUUUGUAGUAAAAACAAAAAAAAAACUCAAACUGACAAUCACAUUUAUUAAAGAAGAAAAAAUUUAAUAAUUAUUUCACUUCUGCUGGAAGGGCUAAAUAUAUAAUUAAAAUUACCAUAUGACUUUUUAGUAGAUAUGUAUAUGUUUGUAUGUAUGUAUGUAUGCAUUAAUUUUUUGGUUGUUUUUCUGGAAAAAACAGUACACAAGUAUGACCUUGGGUGAACCCUUCUUUUAAAAAAAAUUGCUUUGAAAGAGUCCAAAUAUUUUUGUGAGCGCUUGCUUUCUAGAGCAGCAUUUUUACAGCUUGUCCAUGAUCCAAGCUAGCUAUCAUAUUUUCUUAAAAUUCGACAAAUAUGUAAUUCAGAUUAUAAUUAUAAUAAUCAGACUAAACUCAAAUCGUAAACAUAAUGUAUUAAUGUAGAUCGCGGAAAUUACGAUCUUGUCGUCGAUCGAUCGUGAUCGUGUAUCUAUAUCGAACUGGUUAUAUAGAACUGGUUAUUAUUGAAAUCAUGGAACGGCAUUGAUCCGGCUUAAAGGUUUUAAAAUUUUAUAUAAAAAAUAAAAAACGUUAACUUCACCGAAGCUAUAAUAACCUUCACAGAUACAAAAUAUUCACAACAAGAACUUGAUUUUUAUCGAUCAGUUUGUAUGGCAGCUAUAUGCUAUAGUGACUCGAUCUGUAUAAUUUCUUCGGAGAUUGUAAUCUAUGCCAAAUUCAGUGAAGAUAUCUCUCGUUAAAUGAAAAAGUUCUUAAUGCAAGCUUUUGACUCCGAUCGUUCAGUUUGUAUGGCAGCUAAAUGAUAUAGUGAUCCGAUAUCGGUGGUUCCAGCAAAUGAACAGUUUCUUGGAGAGGAAAGAACGUGUAUAAAAUUUCAGAUGAAUAGCUGAAAAACUGCGGGACUAGUACGCAUAUAUACACACAGACAGAUAAACGGACAUGGCUAAAUCGACUCAGCUCGACAUGUUGAUCAUUUAUAUAUGAUUAAGAUACAUUUUAUGGGGUAUCCGUCGUUUACCCCUGGUGUUACAGACUUCGUAGCAAACUUAAUAUACCCUGUUUAGGGUAUAGCAUAAAUAUCGGACGUUAGAAUGAUAAAAUAUCAUAUUCAUAUUUUUCAAAGAAUAGUCUUAGCCUGUAGUACACCCAAAAGUCGUCAAAUUGAGAUUCAUUUAUUUCGUAGUUCAAAAUGACCCCGCAAGAACACAUAUUCUAAUGAUUUUAAGGGGGUAAAGUCGACAUUUUCACUUUCAAGUACUAAAUUCAGAUAUCUAACGGUAUUAUAGAUAUGUUCAUGCUUAUAUACAUACAUAUAUAUAUAUAUAUGAUAAUUUGAACUUAAUUUACCUUAAUAGUAGCUAAAUACACGAAUACUUUGUUCGUGUUGUUUAGAACUCGUACGAUUAAAGUGAAUUUAAAUCAAAUCGGAAUUAAUAGACUAUCUUAUAAACAUACUCAUUACUAUUAUCAUUAUUAUUAUCAAUAAGUGUAAACACAUAUUUACAAUGUAAGUAGUUACACUAAAAAAAAUAAUUAUUUUCUAGAGUGAAUUAACACCGAACGCUACCGAUUGAAAACGAUCAGUAGACGUGCAGGUCGACUAAUUCACUCGCAAUCUUUCUAUGGACGGAAAAACCACCUUAGAUGUUGUAAUUCGCUUCUAUGUAUGUGUGUAUGUUUUACUCGGACUCAGUAUGGGUCAAGUAAUGGCUUUAAAUUUGAUGUUCAUGAUAUCGAUGUUAAUGUUGUCGUUAUCCAUAAUCAGUGUCAUUAUUGUUGUUGUUUGUGUAUUCAUAAAUACAUAUGUAUGUAUGUAUAAACGUAUGCGUAAAUAUAAAAUGGUGAAAAACAUUGUUAACGUCUAUUAAAAGGAAAAAUUUAUAAAAAAUUAUACGAUUUUGAAAAUUAUAAAAUAUUUUAAAUAUUUAAAAAAUUAUAAAAAGUAUAAAAUUUUAAUAAAAAAAAAAUUUAAUAAUUAUAAAAAUAUGUUUUCGAAAAUUAUAUAUAACGUAUUGAAAGUGGGAUCCUAACGGACAGCGGUGUGGCGCAAUAAACAAUCUAAGACUGAAAAGCGGUAUUUUUUUUACUAAUCGAACGAAAAUUAUUUUUUAUGUAAAAUUUAUUAUUUUUCUUUAUUUAACCUCUUACUGCAGACGAGUAUAGAAUGUUAGUAUUAUUAUGAGAAUAUGUCUGACAUUGUUUUUCACCAGUAAAAACUAACCGAUUAGUUCACAAUAGCAACGUUUGUGUGUCAUUUGUUCGUAGAAACGACUUAAAAUUUUCAAUGUAUUUCAAUCGGUGUCUAAGUGUGUGUUUAGAUGUUUAACAAAAUAACGUUAAAUAUAUAUUUUAGUUGGCAAUAGAAAAUAUAGCAAUAAAUUUCAAAUAAAUGUCAGUAAAAAAAAUCUAAAUAAUUAAAACAAUUAAUCAAUAGUAUUAUGUAACGAACAUAGGUUCAUUUGUGGGCAUAUUAAUGGAACUGCAUAUGUAUGUAUAUGUGUAUAAAAUGCACAAUAUUAAAAAAAAAUAUAUUCAAUUGCAAUUAAUCAUUGUUAGUUGGUGUUGUAAAUGUAUGUUGUUGCUGUAUUUGUACAUAGCACAAACGUAAAAAAUAUAAAAACAAAAAAACGAACCUUAAACAAAUCGGAUAUGAGUAAUUGGAGCAAAGCUUUAUCACUUACUUUCGACUAAGUGUAAACUAAAACUUUAACCAACUAUUGAAGCUGUUAUAAUGUUUUAAAUGAAAACCGUAUUUUAUGCUUAAAUUACAGUUAAGUUUAAAAUUUUGCUUUUAGCAUUCCUCCAUUUAUCAUUAACAAAAAAAUUGUACACGCAAAAAUUUAAAAAUUAUACUAAUUAAAAAUAAUUACUAAACUACAUAAUUUAUUAUUUGAAAUUACUAAUAUUAUAUAAAUUUAAAAUUUAUUUUAUACUAAAAUGUGCUACUUGCAUGUCAAAAGUUAAUCCAAACAAUGAGGCUUAAACAAAUAUCGUUCCAUAUAAUUUAAGUCCAUGAAUUUGUUAUAAAUAAUUGAAUUUAAAAACAAUAAAGAAAUUAUGUGUAGACGA